UUUCUAACCAUGCGUCGUGCAGGUGCUAUCCCAGCAUACUUCAUGAUGCGCAAAGUGGUGCAUAGAUAAAGAAAUAAAUGAAGUUACAAAAGCUCAAUUGUCCAACGCCCACUCAGUUGUCGAGUGUUGACGGUGGUGGCUAGACCUUACUGGCUGGUCGUACCGUAGUUGCUGCCCUUCGUUGGUCGUCACCUCGACUCUGUGUACAAUGGCGAGUGCAGGAGACGCAGGAGAUGUCAGGCCGCAGGACAACAUAACAGAGGCUCACGUGAAGGCGGCGCUGACGGCGGACAAGGGCAGCGAGGCCAACCUCGUCUCUUGGAGCAUUAAGGACUUUACAAACAAGGGCGACAACUACGCCACCAUCGUCACCAGCGUCAGUGUCAAGUUCUCCCUGGCAGGACAGGAGCAGACUACCUCUUACGUGGUUAAACUCAAUCCAAAGCGAACUGGUGAGCGCGGCAUGUCAGAACUUGGUUUAAUAGUAUUCCUGAAAGAAGCAGAGUUUUUCCAAGAAAUUCUUCCUCUAUUGAACGCUGAGCUGACGGUCCGUGGUCUUCAAGGCUUAAGAGUAGCAAAGUGGUUUUACACAUCAUUAGAAAAAGACAAAGAGAUGAUUUUCCUUGAGGACCUUCGCUCGCGUGGGUUUAAAAUGUUUGACCGCAAGAAGGGAAUGGACGUGGCCCACGCCACCCUCGUCCUGCAGGAGCUGGCCAGACUCCACGCCGCCUCCCUCCUGCUGAAGGCCACGGCACCCGAGAAAGACCUGGCAGACAGGUUCACACACAUUAAAGAUGACUGGAUGAAUUUCUCAGAGAGCGCUAAACAAUUUUUAAACGAUAUGUUUUCUGGCCCCAUAGCGGGUGGUGAGGAGAUGCUGCACAAUAUAGAAGGCUACGAGGUAGCAGAACAGUGGCUGGCCAAACACAAGAACAACUGCGCUGAUCUUGUCGAGCAACAGCUGGUUAGAAGUCCCAAGUUCGACGUCAUAUGUCAUGGUGACUGCUGGAACAACAAUGUGCUCUUCAGGUACAACAAGAAUGAUGUCCCCGUUGAGGUGAUGCUCCUUGACCUCCAGGUGAACCGUAUGGCUUCCCCGGCCACCGACCUCAACUACUUCCUCUACACCAGCCUCCACGGCAACGACAGGAAGGCCAACUGGCGGGACUUUCUCUCCUCCUACUACGACACCUUGCGGGGUGUGAUGGAGGCCGGGGGAAGGGACAUGCCCUUCACCCUGGAGGAGCUCCAUCAGGAGUACAGAGACAAGAUGGAAUUUGGUCUGCUCUUCGCUACAAUGACGAUGACAAUAAUGUUGGGCGAGGCUGAGGAUUCUCCUGAUAUGAUCAACAUGAAGGAGGAAGAUAUUCAGAAGAUUAUGGAAGAAGGUCGUCAGAACACAAUCAAAAUGGUGAAAAACAAUUCACUCUUUCGAUCCCGAUUCCUCGCGGUUUUUGAUGAUCUGAUUCAGCCCAAAGCUUCAGGUCUCAGUGUUGAAAAGUGGCUGGCGAGUGCAGGAGACGCAGGACCUGCCAGACUGCAGGACAACAUAACAGAGGCUCACGUGAAGGCGGCGCUGACGGCGGACAAGGGCAGCGAGGCCGACCUCGUCUCCUGGAGCGUUAAGGACUUUACUCACAAGGGCGACAACUACACCACCAUCGUUACCAGCGUCAGCGUCACGUUCUCCCUGGCAGGGAGGGAGUCGACGUCCUCCUAUGUGAUUAAACUCAAACUUCAAAUGCCUCCUGGUGAAGUUUUAUCAGAGUUUUUUUCCUCAAUUUACAAGAAAGAAGCAGAAUUUUUCCAGGAAAUCCUUCCACUACUCAACGCUGAACUAACGACCCGAGGGCUCGGCUGUUUACGAAUGGCGAAGUGGUUCUAUAUGUCAUUGAAAAAGAACGAAGGGAUGAUUUUCUUUGAAGACCUCCGCUCACGUGGGUUUAAAAUGUUUGACUGCAAGAAGGGAAUGGACGUGGCCCACGCCACCCUCGUCCUGCAGGAGCUGGCCACACUCCACGCCGCCUCCCUCCUGCUGAAGGCCACGGCACCCGACCAAGACCUGGCAGACAGGUUCACACAUAUUAAAGUUGACUGGAUGAACUUCCCGGAAAAAGCUAAAAAACGUUUCAAUGACAUGUUUUCUACCUAUAUGCUGUGUAGUAGUGAGUUGUUACACAACAAGGAAGGCUAUGAGGUAGCAGAGCAGUGGCUUGCCAAAUAUAAGACCAAUUGCAUGGAUCUUAUCGAACUCCAGCUGGCUAGAAAUUCCAAGUUCGACGUCUUAUGCCAUGGAGACUGCUGGAUCAACAAUAUGCUCUUCAGGUACAACGAGAACGGUGAUCCCGUUGAGGUGAUGCUCCUUGACCUUCAGUUGAGCCGUGUAGCCUCCCCGGCCACCGACCUCAACUACUUUCUCUACAUCGGCCUCCACGGCAACGACAGGAAGACCAACUGGCGGGACUUACUCUCCUCCUACUACGACACCUUCAGAGGUGUGAUGGAAGCCGGGGGAAGAGACAUGCCUUUCACCCUGGAGGAGCUCCAUCAGGAGUACAGAAACAAAAUGGAAUAUGGGAUGAUCUUCGCUACAUUUUUUGUACCGAUUUUGCUAGGCGAGAGGGAAGAUGCGCCUUAUGUAAUGGACCUGAAGGAAGAAAUCAUGUCAGACUUUAUAGAAAAGACUCGACAUGUUACUAGUAAUAUGAUGGAAAAUAAUCCGGAUUUUCGAUCUCGGUUUCUUGCCUUGUUUGAUGACCUGAUUCAUCGGGAGCCAAGAUGUCAUAGCAUUGUUUAGCAAGCAGAAACAAACAUAUAAUUAAAGUGUACUAAUGUUA